ACUGAUGAAUCACUUCUCAUCAAAUAUGUCCACAACAGCUACUUGUCUAGCCAACCAUCCCCUAAGCAGAGCAAGAUCAAGGAUCUGCUGCGGCCCAAAUUGGUCCUUACCAGAGCAUCACGCCCUGGGCGUGGCUGGGAGGCAGGGCCUCUGUCUAAGGUCUCCAGUACCUUAGGGACCGCACCUAGUCUCCCCUACUUCGUUCAGCAACCCUAGGCUGGGGAGGCCCCAUCCCCCGGCUCCUGAGCAGCUGGGAAGAAAAGCGACUCCCCAUCCACCGGUAGCGUCACGGUGACGGGAAAGGGAGGAGGGAAGAGGGAGGAAGUAGAGGCCAGUCGCUCAGGGAGACAGCAGCUGGAGCUUCAAUAGCCUCUGGAGCAGCAUCAGCAUCAGCCACCGCCAGCCCCUCCUUCUCUUGUUCCUCUUCCUCCUCUUCCCAUUCCUGUCCUUCCUCUCCUCUCCUCUCACCUCUCCUCUCUUCUGUUCUCCUCUCUCUGCACCCUCGCUGUCCCCGCAACCCGGGAAGAUGGCAGCCGAGGGGCUGCACGAGAGCGAGACCCUGGCAUCUCUGAAGAGCGAGGCCGAGAGCCUGAAGAGCAGAUUGGAGGAGGAGCGGGCCAAGCUACAUGAUGUGGAGCUGCAUCAAGUAGCUGAACGAGUGGAGGCUCUGGGUCAGUUUGUGAUGAAGACAAGAAGGACACUCAAGGGCCAUGGGAACAAAGUCCUCUGCAUGGACUGGUGUAAAGAUAAAAGGAGAAUUGUGAGCUCUUCUCAGGAUGGGAAGGUGAUAGUGUGGGACUCCUUCACAACUAAUAAGGAACAUGCAGUUACUAUGCCCUGUACCUGGGUGAUGGCGUGCGCCUAUGCCCCAUCAGGAUGUGCCAUUGCUUGUGGUGGCUUGGACAAUAAGUGUUCUGUGUAUCCACUGACUUUUGACAAAAAUGAAAACAUGGCUGCCAAAAAGAAGUCUGUCGCAAUGCAUACCAACUACCUUUCAGCCUGCAGCUUCACCAACUCGGAUAUGCAGAUCCUGACUGCAAGUGGGGAUGGGACCUGUGCUCUCUGGGAUGUGGAGAGUGGGCAGCUUCUACAGAGUUUUCAUGGACAUGGAGCUGAUGUUCUCUGCCUGGAUCUGGCCCCUUCAGAAACAGGAAACACCUUUGUAUCUGGGGGAUGCGAUAAAAAGGCCAUGGUUUGGGACAUGCGCUCUGGCCAAUGCAUUCAGUCAUUUGAAACACACGAAUCCGAUAUCAACAGUGUCAGAUAUUAUCCCAGUGGAGAUGCCUUUGCUUCUGGUUCAGAUGAUGCUACGUGUCGCCUGUAUGAUCUCCGUGCUGACAGGGAAGUGGCAAUUUACUCCAAAGAGAGUAUUAUAUUUGGAGCAUCCAGUGUGGAUUUCUCACUCAGUGGUCGCUUGCUGUUUGCUGGUUACAAUGACUAUACAAUCAAUGUCUGGGAUGUGUUGAAAGGAUCUCGAGUGUCCAUUCUGUUUGGGCAUGAAAACAGAGUUAGUACCUUGCGUGUUUCCCCUGAUGGAACUGCUUUCUGCUCGGGAUCAUGGGACCAUACCCUGAGGGUCUGGGCUUAAUCUGUACUAUGUCUCCUAAGAAUGCAAGCUAAUAUAUGGGAUAAGUUAUAGAAUAUAAUUUGAAAUAUUUACCUGCAACUUCAUAUGCUAAGGAAACAUCUUGGUAGUUAAAACCCAUUAAAUGUCUCUGUAUGCCAUCCAAUAUUGAUAUUUAAAAUCUGUCUUCUAGAAAGAGAUUAUAAAUCUAUUCUGCUUUAAUGGUAUUGUCUUAAAGAAUACUGCUUUCUACUCUUGAUUUUAGCUAGCUGUAAGUGGAAAUUAUUGAGAGAACUAUAAAUUAAGCUUUUCUUUAAAAGCAUUCCAAAACCAAAUAUAUUAUUUAGCAUAUUCUAUAUAAUUUGCACUAAUUUAAUCCAUUUUAGAGCAAUUUUUAAAAAUAUCACUACUGAUUGUAUCUGAAUAUAGCUUGACUUUUGAAAGCUUCUUCUGAAAAUGAUGGAUUUCAGAAAAUAGAUGGUUUGUGAUGCAGUGCUAUUUAUUGGAAGUUGAUCCUAAAAUGACCAUAUAGUAUCAAUUUUAAAGACAAAAGUUUGGUGAUAAGGUUCUUCUUAUUAUUAGAAUGGCCAAAGAAUUCUUUUCAUCCUCUCUAAUUGUCUUUUUUUAAUAAGAAAUAGCUUUCACUAGUAUGAACUGAAUUAAAUAAAGCAAGGACAUGUAUAGGGAGUUAUGUGACCUUCACUUGAGGACCCUGCCUCUACUUUCCCUUCCCCUUCUUCUAUGAGGAAUUGGAGAAAAUCUGAAGGCCCCUUUUUCAAAGUCACCCAUGGAUCUGUUUGCUAGGAGAUAAAGGGAGGAUUUUUUGUCUAGGGCAAGAGAGCUAGUUCCACUCACUUUUUCUUCCCUACAGUUAAAAAGCUUAAAAUACAUAUUAUUAUAAACUUCAUGAAGCUCUAGGCCCCCAGGCAAUCCCCAGGCUAGAAAUGAAAUAUUCUAACCAGUUAAAUUUGGUAUAGUCAAUUAUCCCCAGGCUUCUUCCCACCCUUUAUCAUGCUUUCUCUAACAAAACAUCAAUUCAGAACACAAUUAAAAUGAUUUUAUCUUCAUCUAGAAAUCCAUUGUUAAAAAUACAAAUAACUAGUCAACAAAAUGCUAAGUGGAACAGAGAAAAACUUAGUAAUAAAUCAUGCUAUUACAAUAAAAGUGAAGGAAGAAACAAAGUGGAAUAAGUCUACAAUUGUUCCAGAAGUUUCUCCAUGUGUAGUUCAGACACUCUUUCCUAGGAAAUCUGAUCAACAAACCAGGAAAAGGUAGAGGCUCCAGCAAUAAGUCUUAGAGUCAGUCUCCCAGAAGGCAUCCUCCUUCUGUUGCUGUUGAUUGAUGUUACUGCUACAACUACUGCUUAUCUUCUCUCCUGAUUAUCUGCAACUCUACAUCUCUCUUUCAUGCAAUCUAAAACUGCCUCAUCAGAAAAGCGCUACCCUUUAGUUCUGACCAUGAGAUAGCUUCUCCUCUUCUCCAGCUGGGAGGAAACACAACUCCUGGAGUCUUGAGGAAGGAUGCCCAUCCAAACCUCACUUCAAUGACUGUUUGACAUGACUUGGGUAAUGCUGCAAUAUUACCUUCGUAGGUAUUUAUCUUCUUUGUGCAUUUGUUUUCAACUGAAGGAAAUGUCCAGUGAUAAACAUUAGUGUUUGGACAUUAUUUUCCCCCUCCAAUAAUCAAAAUAUUUUUUCUGUAGAAAUAGAAAAAGACAUUCUUAAACUACUACUAGGCUCAUGUUUGUAUAAACACAAUUCUGUUAAAGUUUAUGCUGCCUAUAAAAAUUAGACUUAUGUGAAGAAUUUAUUGAAGGUGAAUCACACAAGCUAAUUGAGGAUUUUUAAAUAGAGUAAGUUACUUCCUUGUGUGUUUAGAUCUAAACCAUUCAACAAUUAUUAUUAAUUGCUGAGCUCUGGAUAUUCAAAGACAAAGAAAAUAAAACAGUUCCUUUCAUCAAGGAACAUACUUUCUAUCAGGAUAAUAAAUCCUUUAAAUGAUUCUUUGAAAUAUAUAUAAUCCUUAAAAGAAGAUGAAAAAAUACUUCUAUUUGUCUUCUUUUAGAUAUUAGAGGCAUACUGUUUGCUUGAGGAAUUGGGCUAGAUAAGUAAGUGCAUGGAUAUAAUCAGUCUCCCUACACCUAUAAAUACUGACCCAGAUCCAUGGGUUAACUGGGUAGGUGCAUGCUAGGUUCAGAAGUCAAAUGUAUUAUCUGUGGAGAUCUAGAGCCAUGUUCUGUAGCUCUAGAAACUCAACUCUGGAGUCUUGCCCUGGGAAAGUACUAUUUACUACUGUAUCACUUCCUCUCAACAGUGUGCUGAGACUUGACAUCAUAUGGCCACUCCAGAAGCAAAGCUCACAUAUGCCUUUUUUAAAACGAAAUUAUUUCCUUUAUCUUUUGUUUUUACAUAGCCCAAAGUUCACCCAGUAUCUCUCUCCUUCCCCUCUUCCAAAGACGGGGUAUAUCAGCAUAACAAAAAAAAAUAUUUUUUAAAGAAAAAGAGGGGAAAAAGAGAAUUUAGCAAAAUUGAUUGAUAUAUUGAGACAUUCUGAAAAGUACAUGCAAUAUUCCAUACCUGUAGACCUCCCACCUCUGCUUCUCUAAAAGAAGUGUUUUCUCGUAGUUCUCCUUUGCUAUGGGUAAGAGAUCGAUUCCUAACCAAACAAGGGAUAGAGGCAAAAAAAAAAAAACAGAUAAUUUUGAUUAUGUGAAAUUUAAAAGCUUCUAUGCAAACAAAAUUAAUCCAUCUAGAUUAAGAAAGGAAAAUCCCAUGGGAAAAAAAUCUUUGUAUCAGAUUUCCCAAAUAAAAAAUUGGUAUUUUAGAUGCAUAAACCACUAACAGGUGUGUUUGUGUAUAGAAUGAAAAGUCCUUCCCCAACAGAUAAGUGGCCCGAGGAUUUGAACAAACAGUUCUCGUGACAACUAUAGGGAAAAAUGCUGCAGAUAACUAAUAAUAAGAGAAAUAUACAUCAAAAUAACCCCGGAGUUUCACUUUAUACCCAGCAAAAUGUGAGAGAUGACAAAUGGGAGGAAGACAUAUUGGAGGGCUAGUACAGAGGAAAGUGCUCUAAUACUAUGUUAGUGAAGCAAUAAAGCAGUACAACCAUUUUUGGAAACUAAUUUGGAAUUAUGUGAAUAAAGUGACUGAAAUCUCUAUACCAUUUGACCUACAUUCCCCAAGGAAGUCAUUAAUAAUAAGAAAAAACCCCAUAUGCACCAGAAUAUUUGUAUUAGUACUUUUUAGUGAUAUUAAAGAAUUGGAAACAAAUGCCCACUGAUUGGAGAGUUUGGGUACAUGAAUUCAAUGGAAUGUAAUUGUGAUAUAAGAAAUGAUAAAUAUGAUAACUAUGGAGCAGCAUGGAAAAUUUUAUUUGAACUGAUUGAGAGUGAAGUAAGCAAAUCCGAGAAAACUAGAUACAUGACUACAGCGAUAUAAAUUAGGAAACAAAACAAAAUUACCACCACAAAGCAAUGAAAAUGUGAAGUGGGAAGCCCAAAGUACUUUCACAUGUUCCAUUGCAGGGGAGCAAGUUCCCAUGAUCUCCUCUACAAAUGGGCUGCAUGUCCUAGUGCCCCCUUUCCUUGAGCCAAGUCAAUCAUGCUUAAUGGGCUGUCCAGGAACCACUACUAAUAAUAAACAACAUGGCAGCAAUAUGGUUAAGCAGUUAACUUUUAGCAACCCAUUAUGACGAAAAGUGUCUCAGAUCUACUUCUAGUAACAGCUCCUGUCAAUUGCCAAGUACUCCAAUAAGUGAUAUUAAAAGUGAUAUUAAAAUCCUCCACAAUUCUGGUUUUCAAAAAUCACACCAAGGCAUUGGUGGCUAGCUUCUUCUUUGGGAAGUCCAGUCAUCCAUUCUUAAUUUUAUGUGGAACCCUCAGAGUUCUCAGGAACUUUCCAGGUUGCCCAUAGCGUGAUCACCUGGGACCUGGCUUAGGAGUCAAUGGAGAAGUACGUCAGCAGGGCCCCUUCUGUAAGAGGUAGGGCAGGAGUAGUUCCCUGUUUCUGAAUCGAACCAAGCCCAUUCUCUCUCCCUUCCUCUUAGAUUAGACGGGUUACUUAGGUGUAGAAAUAGUUGUGUUGUGUGUGUGUAUGUUUUAAGGAAAAGGACAAAAACAAAACACCAAAAACAAAGACAAGAACUUCCAGCAGCCUCCCUACCUUUGUUUACUUUGUACUCAACAGAAAUGAAUAAAUUUUGAGCAGCCUUUUUUAAAAAGGAAAAGAAAGUGAAGUGGAAGAAUUACCAAAACAAACACAAACAAGCAUUGCCCCAAAGAAGAGGUAUGAGAUAAACACUUUUCCCCCAACUUCUUUAGAGAAAUGAGAGGUCUCCUGGGGGGGGGGGGGGGGACAUUGAAUAUAUUUUCAGACUUUCUUAAAGCAUUGAUCAGGUUUUUUUUUUCCUUUAAAAAUUCUUUUUCAUAUGAAAUAGCUCUCUGGGAGGAUAUACUGGAAUGUGUGUGUGUGUGUGUGUGUGUGUGUGUGUGUGUACAUAUUUGGAGAGAUUUACUGAGAGAAAUUUAGUUGAUAUAGCAACAAAAGAUAUUUAGAAAUUUUAUUUUAAAAAGAAAAGAAAAUGCAUUCAAUUUCUUUAUAUGUCAGCAAACAUUAAUACUAAAACUACUACUCGUAGUUGAUAACUCAGUGUUUGAAUGGUCAGGACAAUCAAAACCCUCAGUCAAGUCAGUUUCUCGAUGUGACACAUAUUCACACAAAUAUAAUUAUAAGUAUUUAUUCACAACAUACACAUAUGCUCACAAUUAUAUGCAUAUAUAUAUAUAGGAUUCUAGACCUUAGAAAUUAUCUAGUCUAAUCCUCUCAUUUUAUAGAUGAGGAAACUGAGGCCCACAGACAUUGUGACUCAGGUCACAAAGCUAGGAAGUAGCAGAGGGAGGAUUCAAACCUAGGUCCUCUGACUCCAAAUCUAGUGCUCUUAGCACUAACCUAUGCUGCUAAACUAAUGUGAAUAUCAUAAUAGGUUCCAUCCAUAUGGUUACACCUCAACCACUUUCCUUAGCUAAUUUGCCUUCAUUCUCCUUUGCUCUUCAGGAGAGGCCCUUGAUGUACUUAGGGUCAUUAUUCCCAUGGACAACAGGGCAAGGGCUUUAUUCCCAAGCAUGCCUCAGAGAAUGCCCAAUUGUUUCCAGAAGUCCAGAUAAUUCCUUUGGGAUUUCUGCAUGGGUCUCAGGCUUCCAAUUAUCUCUCUGAAUCUAGACUGUGGAAAUUCAACCUUCCUCACUUCCAAUAAGUGGGGGGAGGACAGUUGGAAAUAAAUUAAUUAAAUGGGAAUACUUUGUGACACUAUUUUGGGGGUGGCUGAAUACAUAGGAAAAUUUUAUUUUCAUGAUUUAACCUAGUUAUGUAAAUCUAGAUUGUCACUUCAGUACACUAAAAGGAGAAAUAAAAUAAGCCUCCAGCCCACAGUCCACUUCUUUCCCAUCAAACAGAUCAAUUCAACCAUUCUGCCAUGUCAUGAAGAAUUGUAACAAAUAAGAUACACUAUGAUGAAGUUUAUGGUAUAUCAUAGAGAACUUGUCUUGCAAUGAGUUGCUUACACUGUAAGUAUUUAAUCUUAACAUGAAUGAUAUUUAGUAUUUAUUGAAAAAAAUUGUUUUGAAAUCUACACUGUGUUAAAACUCAUGGAUGACUUAAAUGUAAUAAAUUGUAUUUUACAUAUUGAAAAUAAUUGUUGUAUUGUAUUGUAGAUCGGGUUUUUUAACUACUAUUAAAGUUACUAUUAGGUCA